UAUUUGCUGUUGUUUAUUGGCUGUAAUAUUUUCUUUGUUUUUUCUUUUUCCUGUUUUUUGGAUAAAAUCGAGUAAAAUAAAUAAAUGUUGCUUUAAUUUUUAUGUUAAACUUUGUAAAAAAUGUUUACAAAAAAAUGAAAAUUCAGAAAAUUAAAUUUUCUACUUGAAGCAAUACAAAAAAAAGAAGUAAAGAAAAUUGAAUAAAAAAGAAAAGAAGACAUAUCAUGUCAUGAGUUUCUGAAAAAAAGUGGACAUUACUAGAAAUGUCAAGAUGAAAAAGGAUUUUUGUUUUUGAAUUUUUAUAAAAUCUAAAAGGAAGAAUUAAAAUUCAAAUAUAUAUAUUACAAAAUAUUUAAAAAAUUAAUAAAUUAAAUUUAUUUCAAAAAAAGAAGAAAAAAAGAACAAAAUUAGCGAGAAAAUAAAAGUAUUUUUACCUACAUACCUACAUUACAUCAAAAAAAAAAAAAAACAAACCAAAAUUAAUUGCCGGAGAAAGAAUAGAAGGAACAGGAGAGGCAGAAGCAAAAAAAACUAGUCCAAAAAGGUUUUGCCAGUUUUCAUAUAUGCACCCUAGAUAACAAGAAAACAAUUUUAAAAUUCAAUAAUUCUAUAAGCAGGAUUAAAAGCAAAAUUUGUAAAUUUUUCGCGAAUCUUUGAGGAUUUCGUAACAUAUGAUAUGAAAUAUUAAAUAUCAAAUAUAAAGCGAGAGAAAAGGAACAGGUUUAAAUCUUCAAGAAACAAGAAAACAUAAAGAAAGGAUUAAAUUUAAAAAAAGGAGGAAGGAAAAAACAACAAAUUAACAACAACCCAAUAAUUUUCUUUUAUUCAAUACCAUAUAAAAAUAUGCACAUAUGUAUAUGUUCAAAAUUAUGCUAGAAUUUACCAAAAAUAUUAAGAAAAUAAUUAAAAAACAAGGGUGGAUAAAUACAAAUAGCUAAUAAAGAGCAAAAAUAAAGCAUUAAUAAAUAAUAAUAAAAAACAAAGGCAAUUAAAAGUUAAUUUUUUUUCGUUCUUUUUUUGGGUUUUUUUUUGUUUCGAUUCAAUUGUUCGUUUAUUUAGUCUUUUUUUUUAAUUAUGAGUUCAUUAUUUUAUUUUUUAUGCGGAUUUGCGAUAUUUUUCUUAAUAUUUUGGUCUGGUAAAUGGGUUGUUCACAUUUUAGCUAUAAGUUAUGGAAAAUAUAAACUACAUAGAAAAGUUAGUAAUUUACCGCGAGAUACACCGUUACCCUCAGUAUCGAUAUUAAAACCCUUAAUGGGAGUUGAUCCAAAUCUCUCACAUAAUUUGGAAACAUUUUUUACCAUGAAUUAUCCAAUUUAUGAAUUAUUAUUUUGUGUUGAAGAUAAAAAUGAUCCAGCUGUUGAAAUUGUUCAACAAUUAAGAGAAAAAUAUCCAUAUAUCGAAUCAUCAUUAUUUUUAGGUGGUUCAAAUGUUGGUGUCAACCCAAAAAUAAAUAAUAUGCAUCCAGGCUAUCAAGCUGCCAAAUAUGAAUUAAUUAUGAUAUCAGAUAGCGGAAUUAAAAUGAAAGAAGAUACAUUAUUAGAUAUGGUUGAAAAUAUGACUGAAAAAGUAGGUUUAGUUCAUCAAAUGCCUUUUACGUGUGAUCGUGACGGUUUUGCUGCUACAUUUGAAAAAAUUUUUUUCGGAACCAUACAAUCUCGAAUAUAUUUGUGUGCUGAUUUAUUAGGUAUAAAUUGCCAUACUGGUAUGUCAUGUUUAAUGAGGAAACCAGUUAUAGAUAAAUUAGGUGGUUUAUCAAAAUUUGGUUGCUAUUUAGCUGAAGAUUUUUUUCUUGCAAAAUCAUUAACAGAAAGUGGUUGGAAAAUGAGAAUAAGUAGUCAACCAGCAUGGCAAAAUUCUGGUAUUUGUGAUUUACAAAAUUUUCAAGCACGUUUAUGUAGAUGGGCGAAGUUACGUGUAGCAAUGAUGCCAACAACAAUACUAUUAGAACCAUUAUCAGAAUGUCUGGUAGUUGGAGCAUUUGCAUCAUGGUCUGUCGGCCUAUUAUUUUGUUGGGAUCCACUUGUGUUUUAUUUAAUUCAUAUUUUAAUGUGGUUUCUUUCUGAUUGGAUAUUAUUAUCAAUAGUUCAGAACGGAACAUUAUCUUUUAAUAAAUUUGAAUUUGUUGUUGGUUGGAUAUUUCGGGAAAUAAGCGGCCCAUAUUUAUUUUUUAAUGCACUAUAUGAUCCAGCAAUAAGAUGGAGAACACGUUUAUAUAAACUUCAAUGGGGUGGAAUCGCAUAUGAAUUACAAGAAAAUAAAACUAAUGAAACAACAUCGUCACCAAAUAAUAAGAUAUCUUUUGAUAACGAUUUGAGCCGAACAAAUCAGAAAAAUCUGGCAACAAAUGAUCCUGAUAAUUAUAAAAAAUCGUUCAACAAUUCCUAUAAUCGUCAACAACAACAACAGCAACAACAACAUCAGCAACUUCAACUGCUACAACAAGAGGGAGAACAUGAAAAGCAACCGUUUUUAAUCAACCAACUAGAAAAACAACAACAACAAAAUAAUUGUGGAGAGCAACAAAUACACCUUGAAACAAACGAAAUAAUUGAAAAACAAUCUAAUAUUAUAUCAUCAACUCCAGUAAAACAAUUACAACAACACCAGCAACAACAACAGCAAUAUCUAUUACAUGAAUAUCAGCAAAUCAAAACACAGCAGCAACAGUAUUCACAUAAUAAUAAACGAUCACAGGACUAUCAACAUCAAAUAAAUCAAAUCACAGCUAAUUUAAAAAAUGAUUUGGCAUUUAGUUUUUGUAAAAUAAAAAAUAAUAACAAUAUUUAUAAGGAUCCUUUUUACAGAGAAGGAAUUAUAACUAAUAGUUUAAUAAAGCCAACCAUUAAUGAUAGUAGCAACAGCAUUAAUAAUUGUAUUAAUAAUGUUAACUGUAACAAUUGCAAAUAUGAUAGUAAUUUUAAAAAUAAUAAUAUCAUAAAUACUUAUGAUAAUAAAAUUGAAAAUAGUUUUCGUUUAAACAAUAACGAAAAUUAUAAUAUAAUAAUUAACAAUAGUUCUUAUAAUAAUAAUAAUAAUAGUAAUAAUAAUAAUAACAAAAAUUCAAAUAUUAAUAUUAAUAAUGGUAAUAUUGAUGGUAAAAUCUUUAUAAGUAAUAGCUAUAAAAUUGAGAAAAGUGAUAAUAAUAUAAUUGAAAAUAGUCAUAAUACAAAAAGUGAUAGUAAUAGCAAUAAUAGUAAAAAUAAAAAUAAUAGUAAUAAUGUUGAUGUCAAUAUUAAUAACGAUAAUUAA